AUGUCUAAAAAUAAACCAAGCCAUUUUCUCUCUUUCCCCCGAAACCCCAACUUGAAACUUAAAACCUCACUAAGAUUAAAAGUUUCGGUUCAAUUUCAAAGAUUAAUUUGUUAUGGGGUUAAGAAUUCUGAUGAAGAGACUAAAGCAGUGGUGGAUUCUAGUGGUGGGGGAGGUGGAGGUGGGGAUGAUGGCGAUGGCGAUGGCGAUGGCGAUGGCGAUGGCGAUGGCGAGAUGGAGAAAAAAGAUGGAAUUUUGUCAGAGUGGUUAAAUUUCAUUGUUGAUGAUGCGAAGACCGUGUUUGAUGCUGCUACUGUUUCCUUUUCUUUCUUUCCUUUUAUGAUGUUAAUGAGGUUUGUGGGAGUAAAUUUGAUGCUGAACUGA